AUGAUCCGUGACCACAAUGCCAAGAUUGCUGACUUGGAGGGGUUGUUGGGGCCUGAGAGCAAGCACGCGCAGAAGGCCUUCCGCAAGGAUCUCGAUGAUUGCAUUGCCCGGCUCUCCGCCUGCAGAGCAAACUUGCAAUCUGCUGUCGAUGGAGCCCAGGAGCUUCAGUUUGCUAACCUGGAGACCGACAUGGAGACGAUGACCGCAGAGGCCGAAGAGCUCAUGAAGAAAAUGCAGAACCAGGUUCUUGCAUUCAGCAAGAAGAAGAGUUUCACAAAGGUUCUCGGGGAUCUGAUGCUGUGUGGAGAAGAUGAUGGGGAAAUCCUCGUGUGCCUUAGAUGUGCCAGAUUUGGUAAAGUUGCGAGAACUUCAGAGCUGGUUUUUGACAUGAUCGACAACGUAGCGGCUGCCGGCUCCGUCAACCGCGAGAUGAGAAGCGCCAAGUCCACAGAUGCGGCUGGUCUUCUGCCGGCCCCGCUGAAGAAGCUCGGAACCUUCAGUGGCAAGAACAGUGCUCGUGAUUUCGCCCAAGUCAACGAGGAUGAGCCAAUGGUUACUUUGUUCUGCGAAGGACUCAACAGCCGACUGCAUCACACAUUCAGGGAAGAGGACGCAAUGAGGAGUGGCUCAAGCGGCGGACAAACGAUGCCUGGAAAAAGCCGUGAUCAAAACGGCAAGAUACCGCCUAGCUUCGUUGAGAAGACCAUGCAGAAUUGCAUCCCUGAACCAGUGUGCGAAGCGCAGAAGGUGAAAAAGGGCACCGAUUCGUGA